UCAGAGAAAAUGUUGAUGAAGUUUCACCAGAUACGCGGAGUCCUCUCUGUCCUCGGAGGAUUUCUUCUAAUGCUGACAGCUGGCUCUUUCUGUGGGACAAUCGGUAAUAUGGCUCCUUAUUUUGCAUCAUAUAUGAAACAGAAUAAUAGUGAAAUAACAAACGAAGACCUUGGAAUAGUGUUGGCAGCAGGAGGCAUGACUCAAGGAUUUGGAUCUCUAUUAGCUGGGAACGUGAUCAUACCUUGGCUUGGGUACAGAGUAUCACUGGUGAUCGGAGUUAUUUUAUACUGUCUGGCUCCUCUUCUCAGUUACUUCACAAUCGCAUACUCAUUGCCUGCUUUUACAUUCACCUAUGGGGUUUUGUCCGCCGUGGUUUUCUAUUUGAUUGUACUUCCAAGCCAACUCAUUCCAGUGACUUGGUUUCCAGACAGGAAGGGUUUAGUUACAGGUAUAAUAGCGGCUGGAUUUGGAUUCGGAGCUGCUGUAUUUUCACCUCUUCAGACUUUUAUUAUAAACCCAGAAAAUACACCUCCAGUUACAUUAAAUGGUUCUAACUCUUCAUCCAGAUAUUUUCAAGAUAUUGACGUCCUUGACAGGACCCCUCUCUGUUUGCUUUAUUUGGCUGGGAUGUAUGCAAUACUAUUAAUUUUAGGUAUUCUGCUGUGUACAGAAUACAUAGAGCCAAAGAUUGAAUCUAAGGAGAGGAAGUCAGUAUUAUUAAAAACAAGAAUAGUCGAGUCUGGAAGAUAUGUAUUCCAAGUUGGGUUGAAAACUAAAGAAAUAUACCUCCUUGCUUUUUGCAGGUUUGCACUAUUAACUGUUGGUGGAGGAUUGCUAGCUCAUUGGAAAGGAUUAAGUCUAAGAUUGAAUUCAGAUGACCAGAUAAUAUCAAUAAUUGGAGGUGUAAACGGCCUUGUAAGUUGCAUAGGGAGAAUUUUAGCUGGAAUUCUAAUAGACAGGUUUUCCUUCAACCGUGUAAUGCCUGUAGUUGGGGCACUACUAACCAUAGUUUUGGCAAUCACUGUCCCCGUUUCUUGGAUAUCUUUCCCAGGGUUUGUGGCCUUACUUUGGCUUGCAUACUUUUUUGCUUUCAUGCAUUUUUCAACCAUUCCGACCCAGGUUCUAAAGCUGUAUGAUGGAAAGUACUGCAGUUCUGUGUUGGGAGUUAUAGGACUCACUGAAUCUUUGUCUUAUGGAACUGUUUUGGUUCUGAAUAAGUUAGUUUUUAACAAUACUGAGUCCUACCUACCAUACUACAUCAGUAUGGCCGUAAUUAGUCUUCUGACAGUGGGUUCCACUGCUUUGGUUAAAAAUGUGUCAAUACAAGCAGACAACUCAUCAUUAUCUACUGGAAAUACAGACAAUUCUUCAUUGUCUACAGGAAAUACAGACAACUCAUUUUUAUCUACUGGAACUACAGAAAACACAUCAUCAUCUAAAGGAAAUACAGACAACUCAUAAUUAUCUACAGGAUAUACAGACAACUCAUAGUCUACAGGAAAUACAGAUAACUCAUCAUUAUCUACAGGAAAUACAGACAACUCAUCAUUAUCUACUGGAAAUACAGAGAACUCAUCAUUAUCUACAGGAAAUACAGACAACUCAUCAUAAUCUAUAGGAAGUACAGACAACUAAUCAUUAUCUAAAGGAAAUACAGACAACUCAUCAUUAUCUACAGGAAAUACAGACAACUCAUCAUUAUUACAGAGAAAAACUAAACUUUCUACCUGAGAGAAGUCAUAAUUGAAUCUUAUUUAAUCCAUCAUUGGAUGGGAAAUAGAGAGUAGAAUAUAUAAAGAGGACAAAUAUAAGUUUACGUCAAAAUUAUUAAUUCGGUCCUUCAAGCCUAUAAAAGAUUUAAAGUGUACUUCCAUGGAUGAUAUGAUUAAAGUACUUCGUUUGGAGUUGUCAAAUAAACUCCAAGAGUUCAAGAAUAAAAAAAUUAAAAGAUUGAAGAUUAAAAGGAAAAAGAUAAUCGUUCCAUAAAAGAAAUUAAUAUCGUUACAUAAAAGAAAUUACAGGGCACAAUAUUUUAAACAACAAAUGUAUGAAGUACACGUGCAGUACUGUGCCAAUACAACAAAAUGGCGAAAUUACACUUUUUUAAGUUGAUACAAGAAUUUUAUUGAUUAUC